AUGGCUACGGGUAUUACAAGCUUCCGGCUUCGACAGUCAUGGGACUUGCAAAUUUCCAGCAAUCGACAACGGAAGAAGGAAUGGGACUAUUGGGAAAUCGUAGCUGUAUGGACACUUCCACUAGUAUACGAGCUCGGAUUAAUUGCUACAAAAUCGAUGGAUCGCGGAGCAGAGAAGGAAAAGGAGCAGAUUCGAUGGUAUAAAUGGAGAGUCUGGAUAAUUAUUGCACUGUUCGUGGUCGUUGAGACGGUACUUGCAGGUGUGAGAAGCGGAUAUACUAGCUACACCCAACGCUGUUUGCUCGCUGUGUACUUUUGCCAAUUUGGAAGUUUCCUGUACAUGGUAUUUCACAUUGUACGACUCAAGUGGGUUGGCCGGAAGUACGAGAAUGUACAAGGUCACUUUGUGACGUCACCUAUUUAUCAGCGUCUCUUGAGGAUCAUGGCCAUCUACGCCAUCUUCACGUUGCAAUUUCAAGUGGCUUCUGUUGUCAUGUACGCCAUGCCAGACCAAGAUUAUAAAUUGGUGGACUUUAUGAGCGUCAGCGCUGUUAUUUACUGCAUUUCAGGGCUGGCACUUGCAAUCACGACCAUGUGCAGCCAAGCUUGUCUGCUAAACUCUUGCCGUUGCUGUCUACCUGAUGACGUUGAAGCACAGGUUGAAGCCAGACUGAUGCAUCCUGGAGAGCUUCUUUCACCGCAAGUUACCCACAUCUUAGUGGAAUCCGUAGAGCCGCCGCUAGUUAGUCCCGUGUUUGUCUUCACGGACAUUCAGCAAUCAAGCGCCCUAUGGAGCAUGGGUGACGGUCUCAUUAUGCAGCGUGCUACCGAGAUUCACGACAACAUUCUGCGCUCAUCGCUCAUGAAAUAUCGUGGCUACGAGAUCACAACGGCGGGUGACGCGUUUCAACUUGCAUUUCACACUAUCCGCGAAGCAAUUGAAUAUUGUUUGGAUGUACAGAUGCAAUUGCUAGAAGCUCCUUGGCCGAAGGAGCUGCAUGGGUUGCUAUAUGCGACGAGGAAACAGCGUUCGGGUCAUCAUCUUAUUUUUUUCCGGGCUGCGUGCAAAAUGACAUACACGGGCGCUUCAGAAGUUAUCGCCAACGCCGUUGGUGAUUUAGGAGAUGGCGGCCAAGUUCUUGUGACGAAGCGUAUUGCCGACUGGCUGUGUAUGUACGCGGACCUCGUGGCAAUUCCGUGCUCUGUAGAUCGAAUGGGUGAGUACACUGUUCCUCAGAUUAAUGCAUACGUAGAAGUCUUCCAAGUCGUCCCAAUUGAGCUAGCGAAGCGGAAGAAACAGUUUUUGACAACGCUUAAGAAGCGUGUGGCAACGCAUCAUUAUGGCAGCGCCCAAUCGCUCAGUGACAACACACCUUCCAGUUUGAGCAGUGCCGCCGCCGAACGUCGUCGAAAUCUGUACGCUUGGCGUGAACGACGACGUCAACUGGAACAGGGUGCGUUGGACCGCCAUGCGUCACAAUACACGUUGAUGGACUCUAGAAGUGAAGGUAUAGACUAG